UAUUGAAUCGCUUUCGAUGCCUGCCCAAAGCCAUAGCACCGAGAAGUGCGCGUAUUUUCCUUGUGACAAGAAACCGUUGGAAAAAUGUGUGCGUAGUGAAACAUCCUUCCUCGCGUAAUCGUAUGUGUCGGUAGUCCGUGCGAAGUUAGUCCAAUCAAUUUUGACGUAUUUUCUAAAAAAUUAACAAAACACCAUGGAUAAGAGAAAAAUGUCCACUUCUGGGGAUUCCCUAUAUCAAAUUUUGGAUAUCCCUAAGACAGCAACGCCUGAAGAAAUAAAGAAAACUUACAGAAAACUAGCGCUUAAAUAUCAUCCUGAUAAAAAUCCAAAUAAUCCUGAAGCGGCGGAGAAGUUUAAGGAAAUAAAUAGAGCGCACGCCAUAUUAACGGAUUUAACAAAACGCAAUAUAUACGAUAACUAUGGAUCUCUUGGCUUAUACGUUGCCGAGCAAUUUGGAGAAGAAAAUGUUAACGCUUACUUUGUUGUAACUUCAGGAUGGUGCAAAGCACUACUUGUAUUGUGUGCAAUAAUCACCGCUUGUUACUGUUGUGCCUGUUGUUGUUGUUGCUGCAACUGCUGUUGUGGGAAAUGCAAACAGGCACCUCCUGAAGACAGUGGUACAUACCAUAAUUUACAGCGGGACCAGAAUCCGGAAGUCGAUGUUGUGACAAGUCAACCCUUAAAGUUCUCAAAGGAGGAAGAAAGUGACGAAGAACCAGUGACCGUUCAACCUCAGGGUGGCGCAUCGCAGGGUGCAACUUCUAAUCCCCAACAAGUCUUUGCCAUGCCACCACCUCCAUCUUCAGCACCAGCGAACGAGAGUACGAACUUGAACAGUGGCGGAGAUCGUGUGAUUUAUACUACCGCUGCUUCGACGAAUCCUUUCAUAGCAUCAACAACUGGAGUAAACAGUGGUACAGGAUCAACUAAAUGGUAGUCGGCCAUUGACUAAGAGAAAGAAAACUACUGAUUAAUAGCUACAUUGCGAUAGAUCAUGAUGAUGAUGAUGAUGAUGAUGAUGAUGAU